AUGAACGAAUGCGUCAUGCUGGCCGAAUAUGGCUCGAGUGUUCUGGUGAUCGGCUGUUCGAGUUCGCCUUCAGUUCCAGGAUGUGGAUGCACGGAAACAACAACCACAACAACAACACCAGCCACUACCUCUUGCACGACCACCACAACAACGACAACAACCCCACGUCCACCAACCACUACCUCUUGCGCGACCACCACAACAACCACAACAACAACUAAAAAGCCAACAACAACCACAACAACGACAACAACUUGUAAACCAACAACAACCACAACAACGACAACAACUUGUAAACCAACAACAGCCUCAACAACAACAACAACCACAACAACAACAACCACAACAACUCAAAAGCCAACAACAACGUCAACAACUUGUAAGUCAACAACAACUACAACAACAACUAAAAAGCCAACAACAACUACAACAACAACUAAGAAGCCAACAACAACAAGUUGCGCCACCACCACAACAAAGAAAACUACCACCACUAAGAAGCCCAAAACAACUACAAAGAAACCAGUUACAACCAAGAAGCCCAAAACAACUACAAAGAAACCCGUUACAACCAAGAAGCCCAAAACAACCACUAGAAAACCUGAGACAACCACCAAGAAGCCAUCAGGUGGUUGCAAGGCAUGUGGUCCCGGUGGUGAACCCUGCUCAGGAUGCCCGAGUCGGGAGAAUCUGUGCCAGGAAUUGACCAACCUCAUAAAGAAUCUAGAUCGCAAGAUCAAGCAGUGCGUCUGCGGAGUGCCUUCGUAUUUGCUGUAA